CGGACUGUUGGGAAUAGCUUCACCGCCAGGAGCCGAUAAGUUGCAAGGUUGAAGCCGCCCCGAUUGCACCGUGCACAGUCACAUCACGGGGUCCAACGUCAAUAAAGUGUAGCUUCUGGCUGCACCGUUCGUUUUGGACUUUUUGAUUACAUUUCAUAUGCAAGACCGGGAUUGAGUGAUUCGUGGGAGGAUAGCUGGCGGGCCUAGAUCCAACUGUAAAGGCUGACUAACUCCGCAACGCACUGUCAGCUCGGUGCGAUUGGAACGCCCCCUCUCGGCAGCUAGGCGGUAAGUGUAUUUGCGGGCAACAAAGCUACAACAGCCAUUGGAGAAGCUUAAUGAGUGAAAUCGUCUUGAAGCUUGAGGAUUUGAGCAUAAUUUAUGAACAAUGUCCUAACCUAUCGGUAGCUCUAGGCAUCCAGAACUCGACUCCACAAUUGAAAUAUCGGAACUCGCAAUGGCAUUUGAAUACAAUCAAGACAGCUACUGGAACGGUGCUACAUUCUAUCAACAAAAUCUGGACACUGUCCCUCUAGAAGCCGGUGGCUUCUUUGAGUCGUCGGCGAAUCCAUUGACGAUAAACACUACAGCUCCUCAAUUUACUGGCAAUCUCAUCGGAGAGCCCCCCAGCGUGGCGUAUUCGGAAUGGGGUGGUAGCAUUCAAGGUGACUCAAUCUCAACCGGCGACUUUUCACCAACCACUACCAAAUCAGACAAAAUCACCGAGGGGAGCUCACGCGGCCCCCGACGCCCAUCAGCAGAAGCUGUAGCUAGAAGGCGGAAGCAGAACAGAGUGUCACAAGCCGCUUGGCGAGCUCGAAACAAGGAGCUAGUUGAGGAGCUUCGUCAAGAGAUAUCUGAGUACUCAGAGUAUACCGAGAACAUGCAGCAGACAAUGAGAUCCCUCCUCCAGACUACGGAGUCUUUGAAAGGGGUGAUUGAGAAUGCACUUGCACAGCAGCCGCCAAACAAGUCAUCACAGAGUCGGCCGAAUGGAGAAUCGCAGCUCAUGUCGCCGAUUUCAUCGAACGAUGGACCGCAGCAAGACACUCAAGAUACACAGGAUUGUGACGGAGAUGAUGUUUGA